AUGGAACUUCCAGAUGGCAAGACGCUUCGCGCAGGGGAUCAUGUUUCACGAAAUUCGCAGGAGGAGGCAGAUAUUAUAUUCCUACGGAACCAAGAAGCUUCACCACUGCUGCAACUACCUGGAGAAAUCCGCAACAAAAUCUACCAAUACGCUCUUGGUGGUCAUCACAUCUAUCUGGACGAGCACCAGCCGAGUUUCAAGAGGCUUGUGAUCCGACGUGCUGAUGGGAAACGAAUAUCCAAGGAUGACCUCUUCGCACUUGGCUACACUUGCCGACAGACCCACUCGGAGUCUGCAAUCUUACUAUUCAGUCUUAACGAAUUCAUUGGCUACUUUUGGUCUUCGUUCGAAAUUCAGAGAUGCGAGUUUUUCUCGCCGAGCCAGCGCAACGCAAUACGUAACAUCAGUGUCACGAUAUGUUGCUUCAGACACUUUAAGGGCAGUGAGACGAUUAUCGUUGACAAGUUCGGUGGACUGGAGAGGAUUACACUGGUGGCUACUGCAGUUGAUGUUGCGGACACCCUCGAGCCGGGCUUUGAAUGUCAACCAUACACUACUGACGGUCGUUUCCACCCGAUAUCGACAUCUUCCGCAACAGAACCACCAGUCUCGUCUAUCGACGUCGACGUCGACAUGUCUGAAGCAUGGGAGUACGCAUGGGAAACAGAGCAUCAAGAUGACGAUGAGGAUGGUCAAGAGCAGAUCGAAGACGAAGAUGGUGAAGGUCGGAAGCUUGUGCGCUGCUGCAGCAUGGCUCGUCCACAAGUUCCACCGUUCCUCAAGGUGCUACCUACCACGCAACGCUUUGUCACCAUACACGAUUACAUCACCCAAGCUCACGCUUAG